CUCGCUUCAGGGCGUUGCCGAUUUGUUUUGUUGUAGCUUUCUUGUCAGUAGUUCCGCAAAUAGCGCACACAGAAGGGGAGAGAAUGUUAGCGCGCCCGAGUCUGGAAGAAUACUUGUACGCCGCUGGCGUCCUCGUUCCUGGUGCGGAGGAGGUCGAGAAGAUCAAGCACCAAUAUUUGUCAACCGACUUUGCCAACGGAGGUUUCGGCAAGUCGUCGGGCUCGACCUCACGAUAUAGCAGUGGCACGAGCACAAGGGAACCUCUCGCGCCCAACUUUCGUCCAGGCGCGGCUUAUCCGACCGAACAUGGCCCCGCAGGGCCUUCAGUUGCAAACGCCAGAGGCCUCCAUGCACCGCCAAAUGUGGCUUUACACCUAGGGCCUGCGCAAAGCGUGCUGGGUGCCCCGGCUUCUCGUGCGCAUUCGCUAGGCGCGGCUGGCUUAUCGCACAUAUCGCCCGUGUCACACUCGCACACUCAAUCAAGAAGCUUUUUUUAUCCCGGAGUUCAACAGGAUUCUGCACCUCAAAGUCCGGCGCAGCGCAUGGGCACAAAUGCGCGUGACGAAAGAGCCUGGCCAGUCGUGGAUCUGCGAAACGGUCCGGCGCGUGAGGCGGAAGACCAUUCGGUCCGCAGCGCCGACACUCACCUUCGUAGCUUUGCCGCCGAAGCGCCACGCAGCAAACUCACGGGUGCCUCGUUGACUACCACUGCGGCGGCAACGCCCACGGCAACAACGCCUGGCGUGGACGUCCUUGCAUUGCCCGUGGACCAGCCCUCCUUCGCACUUGAUGACACGGCAAAGCCGGGAGCAGACGGCAUUCUCGAGAAAGCGCGCGCCCACAUGCAGCGGCAGGACCAGUUGAGGCAGAGUGCCGACGCGUUGAACCUUUCCGUCCUUGAACAGGAGCUGCGAAGGCUGCAGUGUCUGGCGGAAUCUGAACAAGAUCGCGCACAGGCACUUGCAGUCGAGGUGGAGACACUGCAAAGCGAGCGAGAUCGAUUGGAGAUGGAACUAAAAAAACAGGAAGUCACCGCGAAGGCUUCGAUACACGAAAAGUAUUUUGCGUGGCAGCAAGAUAGCACAGCAGCCCGUAUCGAAGAGCUGGAACGCAUUGUGCAAGAGAAAGACCAAGUACUAGUAAGCCAUUUUCGUGUAUGACGCUGUAAAAUUGAUUUUUGUGAUGUUGUAGCAGGUCUGCUUAGGGUAAUCUGGUCCCGAUCAAUGAACGACGCUCCAUUGAAUACUUGCUCUUGCAACUACUUUUUAAUCACCAUUUUUCUGUUUGCUAUGCGAAGCCGAUCAGACCUUUGCGAAGUUGAAAGGAUCUGCGCAGAGCCGAUAAGCGCUUCGCGAAGCCGAUGAGCAACCGAUAAGGGCUUCGCGAAACCGAUAAGGAACCGAUAAGCGCUUCGCGAAGCCGAUAAGCAGCCGGUAAGCGCUUCACGAAACCGAUAAGCAACCGAUAAGCGCUUCGCGAAACCAAUAAGCAACCGAUAAGCGCUUCGCGAAGCCGAUAAGCAACCGAUAAGCGCUUCGCGAAACCGAUAUGCAACCGCUAAGUGCUAAGCGAAACCGAUAAGCAGCCGCUAAGUAGCGCUUCGCGAAACCGAUAUGCGUUCUGCGAAACCGGGACGCAACCGGGAAGUAGCCGAUAAGCGCUUCGCGAAACCGAUAAGCCUUUUGCGAAACCGAUAGGCGCUUGAGCCGAAAAACACUUAAGGAACACACGGGCGAAACACUUAGGGAACACACUGGCGAAACGCGUAAGGGAUACACUGGCGAAACACGUAAGGGACAAACGGAAGAGGCGCUUCGUAGGGCACUUGAGGGACACAGGCUUGAAACACGUAAGUGACACACGCGCGAGACGCUUCGUGGGGCACUUAGGGGACACAGGCUUAAAGCGCUUAAGGGACACACGGGCGAGGCACCUAAGGGACACAGGCUUGAAGCGCUUAAGGGACACACAUUUGAAGCAGGUAAGGCCCACCGAGACGAGACGCCUAUGCGUAAUGUGUAGAGUAUGGCUUUGAAUCUAUUUAUCUCUUCUCCACCUCCACCCGUCAGGGGCUGGCCGAACUUUGUAGCAUCCGUUCGGAGAUGACGGCCGAAAUUGCGGCGUGCCGCGACGUGGCAAACCAGCACGCGCGUCGGCACGCGGUGGACCUGCGCGAAGCCCAGCUUGCGGCAGCCACCUGCGCUGCGAAGCUCAACGAACAGCGAGCGGAAACUGAAAGAGCACAGAGCGCUGCACAAGCAGCUAUAACAGAAAUAGAAUCUGCUAAGAGAAGAGGCGAGGAGCAGGCGCGCCGUCUGGACCAGACGACAACAGAAUUCAAAGAGGCGCUUCGAGUUCAAGAAGAGGUAAGAGGAUACUAGAGUCGAGGUGCUGUAUUGACUCGGAUUCAUUUAUUGUAGGACAACAUUUUAUUUUCUCUCUCCGAACAUCAACAUGUGAGUGAAAUUAAUCUUCUGACAUAUGUAGCUGUCAUGCAUUCUGCACUCUGAUAUUUUUUUGAUGGUCUCCUCUGUCAACAAGCAUUCACCCAUUGACCUGUAUAUCUCUUUGCAUCAAAUCGAAUUAAGUAGGCGACGAAACCUAUUCAAUCCAAGAACCAUAUCAUGUCACACCAAGCUUCAAAAUAGAACGUACCAUAGUCAUAACCAAGACGACUACGUGCUCAUCUUCACAGAAAGCAGCUGCGGAGCUAUCGGAGUACGAGAAGGAGCUAGAGAAACAGAAAGAAAUCGUCAAGGGGCAACUCACUGAACACGCUGCUCACGUUGGCGCGAUGCAGAAAGCACACGAGAUGGAAAUGGCGGAAUUUCAGACGAAGCUCGCGUCGGCGGAGACUGCAAUCGAAGCGAAAAAAGGCAAUUAUUUGAUUUUGAUGAAAUAGAACAAGCAUCUUCAAGACCAAGGCAUGUCGUGUCUCCUCAGGGAUAGAGUCAUUUUUCGUGUAAGGGCAGCCACAACCAACAUAGCACUGUAGGGACAUACAACCACGGUGAAUAACGUGGGUCGUAUUUCUAGUUUCACAUUGUCUUCGUGUUGAUUUAAACUCUUCGUCGUACAUCACAUACCAACACAGAGUCCUGCACAGCGCUCGAGGACCAGAUAGCGCGACGAGACGAGGCCCUUCGCAAAGCGGCAAUCGACCUGGAAGAGUUCCGUGUUGCUCACAAACGCUAUCAAAGCGUGAAGCUUGAGCUUGCGCAGCGACAAAAUUACGGCAGAACUUGUCACUUAACUAGUGACUUCACCACUUAAAGCGACUGUCGCUGAACUAGUGAAUUCACCACUUAAAGCGGCUCUCGCUUAACUAGUGCCUAGACCACUGAAAGGGACUGACGCUUGAGUACUGACUUCACCACCUAAGCGAGCUGUCGCUUAAGUAGUGACUGCACCGCUUAAGCGAGCCGUCGCUUGGGUAGUGACUGCACCACUUAAGCGAGCCGAGCGAGCGUUUGCCUAAGUGGUGGCCGCAUCACUUAGAGGGAGGGUCGCCUAAGUAGUGACCGUACCCUUGAAACGCGCCUUUGCUUAAGUAGUGACUGCACCACUUGAAGCGCUUGUCACUUAAGUAGUGACCAGUCCUCUGCGCACGCAAUACCUUGCAUUUUUUUCUUUGCCGCCCGCACAGCCAUUAUUCCUACUUUCAUACUGACGACUUGGAGGCAGCACGCGCACAGGGCGCAGCGGAAGCCCGCGCGCUGAAGAGCGAGGCAAAGGAGGCUCGCGCGGCUCUCGAGCGCGCGCACGCAGACGUGGCUACUACGAAAGAAGAAGUGGUGUCGCUAAGAAAAAAACGGCACGAGGAAAAGGCCAAGUGGCUGGCGGAUGUUGCGGCACUGCGGGAGUGCAGCAAUGAGCAUGCGGCGGCUCUGCUUGGCGAAAUCGACGUGUUUAAGCGCAGAGCGGAAGACCGACAACGGGACGCAGAGGCUGCGCGCGCCGAGUGGCUGUCGGAGAAAGAGGCCUUGCAGAAGGCGUUUGCGCUCGAGCGGCAAGAGUGGACCAAACAAGCGGAGGAGCGAAGACGAGAAGACGAAGAACGGUAUAAUUGAUUCUUUUUGAAUAAGAGGUAUUUUUGAAUAAGAGGUAUAAGAAGUAGAAGCUCACUUGCAAUGGCGUUCUUCUAGUUGUUCGUCGAAAAACUAAAGAACUUUGAUUGUUGAUGAUGAUGCUGCUUCCUCAAUAUAAUCCCAUGACUUCCCAGGAUUGCCAAUCUUCUGGCAGAUGCCGAGCGGCAGCAUGCAGGCGCGCUUGAGUCUUCGCUCGCUGCGCAAGAAAAAGAACACGAAGAGCGAUACAAAACUGCGGUGUUGCGGCACUCUGAUUCUCUCCAAACUCUGGAAGCCCGUGUUCAGGCGGCUGCGAGCCACUCCCAACAACUCUCCGAGUUGGAACUGCAGAAGAAAACAGCCGAAUUUCAAAUCGAACGAGAACGCUUAGAAAGACGCUGCGCGGAUCUGCAGGAAGCAGAGACCAAGGCAACUGCGGACUCAGAGAAAACUUUAUGGAUUUGGCUUUGUUGGAGCCAAGAAAACUGAGUCCUUAGCAAAUGCGGUGUCCUCUUUAGGUACUCUUAUACGACACGUUUGUUUUUGCCGCGUUGGCAUUGGACUUCCGAUCAGAUAGAUAUUUUUCAAAACGGCUUUUCAUCUUUGAACUAAAUCUUUGUCUUCUAAUGCUGAAACGGGAGCUGGAGUCCGACCGACGGCAGUGGCGUGAUAAAGCGGAGCAGCUUGAGGCCGAGCAGCGGACUUUGAAGACGGAGGCUACAAAUUUACAGGAAGAAGUGACGCGCCUCAGAGAUAGGGAAACUGAAUUAGAGAAUGAGCGCGACCUUCGGACCAGACUCGAAGACGAACGGACCCAGUUUCUGGCGAGUAUAGAAACCAAAGAUCUCGGCAUUGCACAAUUGGAGGAAAAGGUUCUUAUUUGUUCAUCAACAUACAAAUGUUGUAAUCUACUUUUCAAGAUAGUAAGUCUUGAUCUUUUUAAGAUAGACCUUCAUAUUUUCGUGGCAGAUUUUGACAGCUACUAGUUUUCAUCCUGAUCCGUGGAUCACCAUUCUACAAGGACUCAACUAGGAGCGAAAGGGAGAAGUAUUUAUACUUUCGAAAGUCACUAAGGUCCAAACGACGCUUGCCGUAUACGAAUCGAAGUUGCGGUCAGUGCACCAACAGAAGGACUUUGAGUGCAAUAGCGUGUCGGCUAGUGUGCGCAGUGAGUACGAGGACCGACUCCGAGAGAUGGAGCAAAAGCUUAAAAAACAAUCCGAAGAGAAGACCGAACUAGAAAAAGCAUUAGAAGUUCUCGCACUACAGCAUCAUGAAUUAGUUGCGGAUAAAAAAGCCCUCACGAAAAACCUCGAUCAGCUGCGAAGAGCAUCGUAAGGGGCCUCGUGAAUUGCAACGAGCUUAUUUCUUCCUCUGGUGCCGGUGUCAAUUGUGUUGCAGCCGGAGCGGUUGUGGGUAUGCCACAGGGACUUGUAGAACGCUUUUUCACUGGUUAGAUUUGGACACGCAGUUUGCGCUGUGCAGCUUCAGACUUCGGCGGUCGUUUCAUUGCAAACAGCAUAAUAAUGACUUUGAUUACAUCUCCACGCACUAAAAAUGAACAAUAGACGUUUCCUGUGCUAUGAUAAAUAGCUGAAAUAGAUUUUUAAUGACACCGAGUUUCCUUGGGUGUUUGCAUCCAGAUACAGGCUCGUAUCCCUCUGACCACUUCUCGGAACUACCAGAAUAUUUUUCCAUACAACAUCAACCUUCUCCUUCAAUUUCUUACCCUAGACUAUCUUCACUCUUAACGUAUUAUGCUCAUUCUUCACGUCUCGUUCUCAUUCUUAACGUAUCCAUUGUUUACUUCAUUCUCAAUGCGUAUUUGUUUUCUAUCGUAUCACUUGCAGAAUAUCUUUCCGUCUCAGAAGGUAGCAAGAGCCGGAGUCUCCAAUGCAGAGCUAUAUCGAUAUCUCCAUGCGCGGAAAAAGUAUAUUUUAGUUCACUUACGUCACUGGGGUUGCCAUGAACCCAAAAUGCAAAACGCAGCUGCGCUGUUCUCGAUUUUUUGACGAAGGUGCAAAACGGUCCUUCGUUAUAUCCGCAGAGGGCGGGUAGUGAAUGUACUUGUUAUAAUGGCAUGCACAACUACGUGGAACUACUACAGGAGCCCUGCUUGGGUCGCGAC